UUCUCCUCAGGCGACGGCGGGAAGGAUUUGGAGCCUUCAUUUCGCGGCUGGGUUUUCCUUUUUCCCUUCGUGAUGGAGGCCGCCGAGGUCGAAUUCCUGGCGGAGAGAGAGAUGGUCACCAUCAUCCCCAACUUCAGCCUGGACAGGAUUUACCUCAUCGGGGGCGAGCUGGGCCCCUUUAACCCGGGGCUGCCGGUGGAGGUGCCUCUCUGGCUGGCCCUCAACCUGAAACAGAGGCAGAAGUGCCGGCUGGUACCCCCCGACUGGAUGGAUGUGGAAAAGUUGGAGCAAAUGCGAGAUCAGGAACGCAAAGAGGACACUUUCACCCCAAUGCCUAACCCUUAUUACAUGGAAUUAACUAAGUUAUUGCUGAACUAUGCUGCAGAUAAUAUUCCAAAGGCUGAUGAGAUAAGAACUUUGGUUAAGGAUAUCUGGGACACGCGAAUAGCAAAACUUCGUGUAUCUGCAGAUAGUUUUGUCAGGCAGCAAGAGGUUCACGCCAGGCUGGACAAUCUGACUCUGAUGGAGAUCAACACCACCGGUGCUUUCCUCACCCAAGCCCUGGAUUACAUGUACAAGUUGCGAUCAAACCUCCAGCCAGGAGGGACUGUCGAAUCCCAGGAAUUUUGACAGCAGGGGUUUUUUCAUGAUCA